UGGAGAUUCCGGGUGUUGCUGCUGUCCACAGGCUGCUCCUCAGAUCCUGGGGUUGGAUCGUAAGUCCCUGAAGCUACUGUGUAGAGAGUUUUGGGCAGGAGAAUCCUGGGUCAAGCCAUGACAGUUCUCUCCUUAAUCCACUCCAUUCCCUCUCCCAGCUAAGCUGCCAGAGUGCACUGUGCAUUUCCAAGAGCAAGAAAAGAUGGAUAAAUCUACAGAGUUGGUGUCACUUGAGGAUGUGGCUGUGGACUUCACCUGGGAGGAGUGGAGGGACUUGAAUGAUGCUCAGAGGACUUUGUACAGGGAUGUGAUGCUGGAGAUCUACAGCAGCCUGGUGUCAUUGGGGUACUGCAUUAGUAAACCUGAGGUGAUCCUGAAGUUGGAGAAAGGAGCAGAGGCAUGGAUAAGAAAAGGAUACCCAAAGCAGUGCCUCCCAGAUGUCCAGAUAGUCAAUGACCUAGUUGAGAGGAGCCAAGAAAGUCAUGGUAGAUACUUGUGGCGAGGUGUAAUCAUCAAUGGCAGUCAAUCAACUGAGGAGAGAGUGGAGUUAGCAAAAUCACUGAAUGCACAUUCAAUGCAUAUUUUGAAUCUGUUUAUAAAUAAUGAAAACUAUUCAGGAGUGGGGCAUGAGGAGUUUAACAAAUGUCAGAAUGCAGUUCUUCCAGAGACUGAUGCCAUGUGUGCUGGACAGAAAUCUGAUGAGCAUAAUAUAUCUGAGGAAUCACACAGUCAUCAUGAGCAUCUUAGUCAGCAUCCUAAGAUUCCAGCUGGGCAACUUUUUGAGUAUAGUAGAAAUGGACACUCCAAUACAGUGCCAAUAAUAUUUGCAUAUAAGAAAACUCAUAUGGGUGAGACCACUUGUAAAUAUAGUGAGUAUGGGAAAGUCUGUAAUAAGUCAUCUGUCACUGCCCAAGAGAUAGGUCAGGUAGGGAUGAAAACUUUUCAAUGUGUUGUAUGUGGGAAAAUGUUCUAUAAAAAGGCUACACUUGCUCAACAUCAGAUUAUACACAUAGGAGAGAAACAUGAUAAAUACAGUGAGUGUCAGGAAUCCUUUAUCAAGCUAUCAUACCAGCAAUCAUACCUUAUUUCAUAUCAGGGAACAUCUACAGGGAAAGCUUUUAACCAAAAGUCAGCCCUCAAUAGGCAUCAGAGAAUUCACAAAAGUAAAACAACAUAUGAAUGUAAGGAAAAUUUGAAAGCUUUUAACCAAAUGUCAGCCUUCAGUAUGCAUUGGAGAACUCACCCAGGUGAUAAGCCCCACAAAUGUAAUGGAUGUAGAAAAACAAUUAACAAGCCAUCCUUCAGAAUGAAUCAGAGUACUCACACAGGGAAAACCCCUUAUGAAUGUAAAGAAUGUGGAAAAGCUUUUAAGCAAAAGUCAAAACUCAGCAGGCAUCAGAGAAUUCACAAAGGUGAGACACCAUAUGAAUGUAAAGAAUGUGGAAAAGCUUUUAAGUUAAAGUCAUACCUCAGCAAGCAUCUGAGAAUUCACACAGGUGAGAAACCAUAUGAAUGUAAAGAAUGUGGAAAAGCUUUUAACCAAAAGUCAGUCCUCAGCAUGCAUCAGAGAAUUCACACAGGUGAGACACCAUAUGAAUGUAAAGAACGUGGAAAAGCUUUUAACCAUAAGUCACACCUCAGCAGGCAUCAGAGAAUUCACACAGGUGAGAGACCAUAUGAAUGUAAAGAAUGUGGAAAAGAUUUUAAUUUUAAGUCAAAACUCAGCAGGCAUCAGAGAAUUCACAGAGGUGAGAAACCAUAUGAAUGUAAAGAAUGUGGAAAAGAUUUUAACCAAAAGUCACACCUUAGAAUGCAUCAGAGCAUUCACACAGGUGAGAGACCAUAUGAAUGUAAAGAAUGUGGAAAAGAUUUUAAGUUAAAGUCAUACCUCAGCAAGCAUCAGAGAAUUCACACAGGUGAGAAACCAUAUGAAUGUAAAGAAUGUGGGAAAGCUUUUAACCAAAAGUCAUACCUCAGAAUGCAUCAGAGAAUUCACACAGGUGAGAGACCAUAUGGAUGUAAAGAAUGUGGAAAAGCUUUUAACCAAAAGCCACACCUCAGCAAGCAUCAGAGAAUUCACAGAGGUGAGAAACCAUAUGAAUGUAAAGAAUGUGGGAAAGCUUUUAACCAAAAGUCAUACCUCAGAAUGCAUCAGAGAAUUCACACAGGUGAGAGACCAUAUGGAUGUAAAGAAUGUGGAAAAGCUUUUAACCAAAAGCCACACCUUAGCAAGCAUCAGAGAAUUCACAGAGGUGAGAAACCAUAUGAAUGUAAAGAAUGUGGAAAAGCUUUUAACGAAAAGUCACACCUCAGCAUGCAUCAGAGAAUUCACACAGGUGAGAGACCAUAUGGAUGUAAAGAAUGUGGAAAAGCUUUUAACCAAAAGUCACACCUUAGCAAGCAUCAGAGAAUUCACAGAGGUGAGAAACCAUAUGAAUGUAAAGAUUGUGGAAAAGCUUUUAACCAAAAGUCACACCUCAGCAUGCAUCAGAGAAUUCACACAGGUGAGAGACCAUAUGAAUGUAAAGAAUGUGGAAAAGCUUUUAAGUUUAAGUCAAAACUCAGCAGGCAUCAGAGAAUUCACAGAGGUGAUAAACCAUAUGAAUGUAAAGAAUGUGGGAAAGCUUUUAACCAAAAGUCAUACCUCAGCAAGCAUCAGAGAAUUCACACAGGUGAGAGACCAUAUGGAUGUAAAGAAUGUGGAAAAGCUUUUAAUGAAAAGUCAACCCUCAGCAUGCAUCAGGGAAUUCGUACUGGUGAGAAGCCACGUGAAUGUAAUGAAUGUAGAAACAGGUUUUUUUUACAACGUCACAGUUGAGAAGACAUCAGUAUACUCACACAAGAAAAAACGCCUUAUGAAUGCAAUAUGACAGGCCUUGUACUGAAAUUCCCCCUAACAGAUAAAAAAGAAUUCACACAAAGGAAAAUCUCAUUGAAUGUAAUUUAUAUGGGAUAAGAUUUUUCCAGAAGUCAUACUGCAAGACAUCAGAGAACUUGUAUCCGGAAGAAGACCGGUAAAUAUACAGUUGUCCUCAGGCAUUGAAGAAUGUCUUGAGGAUCCCCUAUUGAUAUAAAAUUUUGCUGAUGCUCAAAUCCCUUCUAUAAAUGUUGUAGUGUUUGUGUAUUACCAAUUCAAUUCCUGCUGUGUAUUUUACAUCUUGUGUAGAUUACUUGUAAUACUGAAAAAAUGUGACUACUAUGUAAAUUGUUGUUAUACUGUGUUGUUUUUCAGUUGUAGAAUUGUUUCAUUUAUUGUUUUUAUUUACUUUUGAGGAUUUUUGGUAAGUAGUUUCUUGAAUCACCAGAUGUGUAACCCUCAGAUGUGGAAGGAGGACUGUAAUGAGUGUGAAAACAUCUUUUCUCCAAAGUCUCAAGGCUGCCUGUGGUUAGAGUAUUUCUGCUUAUAACAUUGGUGCUCUUAACACAAAUGAUCUCCAUACCAGCCAUGUACCAAAAAAUAAAUAAAUAAAAAUAAAAAGAAAUCACAUCAUAGCAGGCAUUAGAGGAUUUAAAGAGGGGAGAAAUUCUAAAUGGUUUAAACUGACUGUCUUUUUAAAAAUAAAACCACUCUUUUCUCUUGUUUGCAUAGCCUGCAAUCUGAGCAUUCCACGAUUGGGUGGAUGACCAUGUAAUUUAACUCUGUUCAGGGGAAUGUAGAUAUAAGUGGUGAACAUUCCUUCCAGUUCAGGCAACAAAAUUUUUAAAAAUUCCAUUCAGUUCCUCGUUUCUCAUGUUAUUUGCAACUGAAUAAAGAUGACUCUUGGGUGCACUUUAGGGCCACAGGUGAAAGAAAUCCACCCUAAUUUAAAAUAGAAGAAAUUGAAGAAACCAGAAAUAUUCUCGUCACUACCCCAAAACCUCUGUUUACACAUUAUAUAAGAAAUUAUUUCCUCUUAAGCCAUUUUUAUGUGUGCCCUGUUUGCAUUACAACACAAGAGGUGCACUCCAGCUAAAUGAUUUUAUAGACUUUCUGAGAGGAUUUACCAGUCCUUGUAUAUGGGAAGAGAAUCUUGUGUUGUCACCAUUUAUACCCAAGUCAGUUUGUGGGAAAACCAAAUUAUGGGGAGAAAGAAUGCAAUAGAUGUGACACUUCUUAUUGGGACAGUUUAUUGAACAGUGAAAAUAAAGUUAAAUAUCUUUCUAUAUCUCUAUAAUGUGUCAAAGCUUUCAAGAAAACU